AAGCUGCUUCAGGCUCUUAGCAGGCCAAGGACAACGGCCAUCAACGCAUCAUCCCCAGAGGCACUGAGGAGCCAGGGAGCCUGGAAUCUGGCUGAUGAUGUUCAGGCCAGGGCAGCUUCCUCCUGGUCCUGCCGGCCUCCCCUGCUCGCUUGUCACAUGGGGGAUCUGGGGGCAGGGCCAAGGCCAAGGCCCCAGUGAGAAGAGGAGGCAGGGAGCCCCGAGCGCGAGCCCGAGCGCUCCCUCCAGGCGGUGCCCUGAGGAAGGAUCCCCAGGCAGGCUCCCCGCAGCAGAGACGGAGGUGUCCGGCUCCCCGGACCAGAUGCUGAUCUCCUGUUACUGGAAAACAGGAAUUAGCUUGUCUGCUUGAGGAUGUGGUUGGUUCUUUAUAAAAACGAUACACAAGAAAUUUGUACAUAGACUGCCAGCUUCAUUAUGCUGCCGACAGCGUCCAGCAAAAGAAGAACAUUUGCAGCCAGAUAUUUUGCUCGCUCCAAAAGUCUGGUGAUGGGGGAGCAGAGUCGGAGCCCCGGGCGGCUGCCCUGCCCCCGCAAGCUGGGCCCCAUUCUGAAGGCCGGCUGGCUGAAGAAGCAGAGGAGCAUCAUGAAGAACUGGCAGCAGCGCUGGUUCGUGCUGCGUGGGGAUCAGCUUUUCUACUACAAGGACAAAGAUGAGACCAAGCCCCAGGGAUUUAUUUCUCUACAAGGGACGCAGGUGACCGAGCUUCUUCCUGGCCCUGAGGAUGUGGGAAAGCACCUGUUUGAGAUCAGCCCAGGUGGUGCCGGGGAGCGGGAGAAGGUGCCGGCCAACCCCGAGGCGCUCCUGCUCAUGGCCAGCUCCCAGCGUGACAUGGAGGACUGGGUGCAGGCCAUCCGCCGGGUCAUCUGGGCCCCAUUUGGUGGAGGGAUCUUUGGGCAGCGCCUGGAGGACACAGUCCAUCAUGAGCGGAAGUAUGGCCCCCGCCUGGCCCCCCUGCUGGUGGAGCAGUGUGUGGAUUUCAUCCGGGAGCGCGGGCUCACCGAGGAGGGCCUCUUCCGCAUGCCGGGCCAGGCCAACCUGGUGAGGGGCCUGCAGGACUCCUUUGACUGUGGGGAGAAGCCACUGUUUGACAGCACCACAGAUGUGCACACGGUGGCCUCCCUGCUGAAGCUCUACCUGCGGGAGCUUCCUGAGCCUGUGGUCCCCUUCGCCAGGUAUGAGGACUUCCUCAGCUGCGCCCAGCUGCUCACCAAGGACGAGGGGGAGGGAACUCUGGAGUUGGCUAAACAAGUGAGCAGCCUUCCCCUGGCUAAUUACAACCUGCUCAGAUAUAUCUGCAAGUUUCUGGAUGAAGUUCAGUCCCACUCAAACGUCAACAAGAUGAGCGUCCAGAACCUGGCAACUGUUUUUGGACCUAAUAUACUUCGGCCACAAAUGGAAGACCCAGUGACCAUGAUGGAAGGAACUUCCCUUGUCCAGCAUCUAAUGACUGUCCUGAUCCGCAAACACAGCCAGCUCUUCACUGCGAGGGCCACGGAAGGACCAACCUCCCCGCAAGGGGUCACACCUUGCACAGUGGGAUGGGGCUCUGCAGGGGUCGCAAGCGACAGUCAGGCAGAUCCCAGCAGCCCUGGUGCCCCCAGCCUGCCCUCACACAGGACCUCGUCUCUGGAUGGGGCCACCGUGGCAGCACUCUCUAGAAACUCUGCCCUGGGCCCGGAGAGCCGAUGCGGCCCUGCCACCACCAGCCCUGGGAAGAGGAUACAGACUUUGCCCAACUGGAAGUCCUCCUUCCGGCAGUCGGGGUCCCGGUCAGGGAGCCUGAAGGUGGGCAGCUCGUCCCUGGAGGUGCCCAUCAUCUCCUCCGGCGGGAACUGGCUCAUGAACGGGCUGUCGUCCCUGCGUGGCCACCACCGGGCCUCACCAGGAGACCGGCUCAAGGACUCGGGAUCCUCACAGAGACUCUCCACCUACGACAACGUGCCCCCGCUCAGCCUCCUCCCCAGCACUCCCAGCGUGGCCAGCAUGGCGUGGUCUGGGGCCUCGUCCUGCGACGCCUCCGCCGGGGGCUCCCUCAGCAGCUGCACAGCCUGCCGGGCCAGCGACUCCUCCGUUUGCAGCUCCCUGCACGUGGAGGAGGGCCUGGAGCCGUCUCCCUUCCCCAGCAGCAGCGACGACCACAGAUUCCCAGACCUGAGCCGCAGCCUGGAUGAGGUGGGCACCUGCCUCAGUAGCAGCGAGCCCAGCGACCCCGGCAGCCUGGCCCAGGACCAUGCCAACCGCUCGGAGGCUCUCCAGGGCCUGGUCACGGAGCUCAGGGCAGAGUUGUGCCGUCAGAGGACUGAGUACGAGAUAAGCGUGAAAAGACUCGAAGAAGGUUCUGCCGACCUGAGGAAACGAAUGUCAUGGUUAGAGGAAGAAUUGGACCAGGAAAAGAAAAAGUAUACAAUGCUGGAAAUAAAGCUGAGGAAUUCGGAGAGGGCACGGGAAGACGCGGAGAAGAGGAACCAGCUGCUGCAGAAGGAAAUGGAGGAGUUUUUUUCAACCUUGGGAAACCUGACUGUUGGGGCAAAAGGUGCUGGAGCCCCACAGUGAAGGAGCUCACUUUGCUGUGCUGCUGUCCCCCACUCCUGCUGGUCCCUACCCUAUCCCCCGCCAUCGGCAGAGAGGGCCUCCGGCCUCUGGAGGAGCCAGAAGUCCUUGCAGCUUGGACCUGGGCCUCAGUGGUGCCAGCUGCUCCAGAGCCAGCUGGAGAGAGGGGUCCUGACACCCCGUGGGGUGAGGGGCUGCUGGGAGCCUGAGGCCCCACAGGAUCUGGAUGCUGUUGUGACUGUACAGGGCCUGGCGAGGAUCAGAGGGGACAGUCCCUUGGCUACCAAAACAGAUGGCACGUGGGAUCCGAGUAGCCCACUGGGAACAUUUUGCAUUCUUUAUUAAAUUUGCUCUGAAAGCA